AUGGAUGGCAACAGCAGCAGUGUUAACAGCAGCGGUCAUACCCUUCUGACAGGCAGCGACCCCGUGCGACUGGAUGUGACCACUGCCGUGGCUCAGAUCUUAGUGUGGCCCUUUGUCUUCAUUGACCUCUUCAUGUUCUAUGUCUUCCUGAGGCGACCCACUCUGAGGGGAGAGGCUCGCUACGUCCUGUUUGCCCAGACCCUGAUUGCAGAUGGCACCUUUCUCCUGCUGACUGACUUUGUGGUGAUCACUUAUCAUGUGUUUCUUCUGCUGCCUGUGGGUUUCUGUAUUCCUCUCUGUGUCCUCAUUGACGGCCUGGCGCACGUCUCACCCACCAUCAUUGUGGCUAUGUGCCUGGAGCGCUAUGUGGCUAUCUGCAUGCCACUACGACACGUUAACGUCUUUACCCCGACCCGGACAAAGGUCAUCAUUACCUUCGUCUGGCUCCUGAGUUUCAUCAAAACCUUUGUUGACUUAAUAAUCUUCCUCUCCCACGCUACCGGGAGUUAUUUCUCCCAGCUGACAUUUUGCUAUUAUGAGAUUUUGUUUUUGCAAGAAUGGCACAUGGCGUUGCGGGGGAACUUGUACAUUCUGAACUAUGCUGUUGUUCUGGUCAUCCUCCUGUUCUGCUAUGGGUCUAUCAUGCAUAUUGCACAAAGGGCCUCAGGUGACGAUAAGAAGGCUGCAUCGAAGGGGCAGAGGACUCUGUUGCUUCACCUCCUGCAGCUGUUCCUGUGCACGCUGGAGACCAUCUGCCCGUUUGUUGAGACCAGGAUCCUGGAAAUGGGAGAUAUUGAUGUGUACCUCAUUUGGUCGCUGGGAUCGGCGUGGUCCCGGUGCAUCCCCAGAAUCCACCCCAGCCUCAGAGAGGGCUUCCUCUGCUCCCCUAGCCCCCCUCAGGUGUUCAACAGGCUGAGGAUCGUCUGGUUCAUCCUCUCACAAGCCCCGUUCCCCUGA